CUUUAUUUCUUCUCUUGUCUUCUGACAGAGAGCUUGAAAAUGAUAUUUAGGAAGGUUGAUCACCUUCUGCCCCUUGCUGUUCUCCUCCUUGUGUCCAUCAUUCCUACUGAAACUAAAGUGGUGACAUCAGUGGAAGAAUGUAAUGAGUUUUUUCUUCAGAAAACUCCACCAAGAAUCCCAGGAAUUCUGGAGGGAGGGAAGAUCCUGGACCAGAACAGAUACAAACUGAUCUGCCAAACUUUUAAUGACAUCAGAACAUUUGUGACACUCUACGACACCCACAACAAGAUUCCAGUGUUUUCUGCAGCAAAGUACAGAGGAAGGGGAGGCAAGAGACCAAACAGCAUUUGGAUGAUUGAACCACAGCUUGAAAACAAUGACAACAUGAGAGUAGCAAAGAAUAUUACUUUGAAAAAUCAGGCCGGGAACGAUGAUUAUAAAAACACACAAGGGUUUGACAGAGGACAUUUAUUUCCAAGCUCAUAUGGAUCUACUGAAAGUGAAAAAAGCUCUACUUUCACCCUGACUAACAUUGUUCCACAAACAGACAACUUCAACCAGGGAAGCUGGAAGAAUAUGGAGAUAUGCAUCAAAUGUGUGUUGAAUGAAUAUUACAUUAACAAUAAUGGCAAUAUAGAAGGCUUUGUGGUGAUAGGAGCAAAGCCCAGCAGCAGAAAUGUCCUGAACAAAAAGAUCAAUAUUCCUUCAGUACUCUGGUCGGCAUUUUGCUGCUACAGUCACAGAAAAAAGAAAUGGCUGGCAAGUGCACACUGGGGCAAAAACACAGGUGAUGGGCCAAAAUAUUUGCAGACACAGAACUUGAAAGCACUCCAAAGAACUCUGGGAGUUGAAGCAUUUCCUGAAACACAAUGUCCUCUUCAUACAACUGUAAGUCAGCUUUACUCAGACCUUUCCUCAGACUGCAACUGCCCACUAGCCAUGUCAAGUACAACCACUUAUGAUCCUCCCAGCACCACACCUUCAGCAACUGGCACUAGAUUUGAGACUCCCAGCACCAUGCCCUCCACCACCUAUGGCCCGCCCAGUACCAUGCCCUCCACCACUUCUUGUGCACCCAACAAAACUUACUAUAACUCUGGCACCAACACUGGCCCUAUCAGCAGGACGCCCUCCACCACCUCUACCACUCCAAGCGCUACUAACUCUACCGCUGACACCACCUCUGUUGCUCCCAGCACUACUCACUCUGCCACUGGAACCACCUCUGGCCCUCCCAGCACCAUGAUCUCCACAACUUCUGUUUCUCCCAGCAAAACUCACUAUACCACUGGCACCACCUCUGGCCCUCCCAGCACCACACAUUCCAAUACUGGCGCUACCUUCGAGGCUCCCCGCACCAUGCCCUCCACCACCAGUAUCCGUCCCAACACUACUCACCCAACCAGUGGCACCACCUCUGGUUCUCCCAAAAGUACUCACUCUACCACUGGAACCACUUCUGGCUCUCCCAGAACCAUGCUCUCCACCACUUCUGGUGCUCCCAGCACUACUCACUAUAACACUGGCACUACAACAGAGGCUCCAAGCAACAAACGCUCUACAAACUCUGGCCCUUCCAGCACCACACCUUUCAAAACUGGCACUACUUUAGAGGCUAGAAGCACAAUGCCCUCCACCACCUCUGGCCCACCCAUCACUUCCAAAUCUACCACUGACACCAAAUCUGGCCCGCCCAGCACCAUGCCCUCUACCACUUCUGGUGCACCAAGCACUACACACUAUACCACCGGCACCAGCACUGUCCCUGUCAGCACCAUGCCCUCCACCACUUCUACCGCUCCCAGCGCUACUAACUUUACCGCUGACACACCGUCUGGCGCUCUCAGCACUACUUACUCAGCCACUGGAACCACCUCUGGCCCUCCCAGCAACAUGCUCUCCACCAAUUCAGGUGCUCCUAGCACAACUCACUACACCACUGGCACCAUCUUUGGCCCUCCCAGCUCCACACCUUCCAACACUGGAGCUACCUCAGAGGCUGCCAGCACCACGCCUUCCACCACCUCUGGCCCUCCCAGCACUACUCACCCUACCAGUGGCACCACUUCUGGCUUUCCCAAAACUACUCACUCUACCACUACAAUCAUUUCUGGCCCUCCUAGCACCAUUUUCUCCACCACUUCUGGCCCUCCCAGCACUACUCACUAUAACGCUGGCACCACCUCUGGCCCUCUCAGCACCACACAUUCCAACACUGACACUACCUCAGAGGCUCCCAGCAACAAACGCUCUACCACCUCUGGCCCUUCCAGCACCACACCUUCCAAAACUGGCAGGACUUUAGAAGCUAAGAGCACCAUGACCUCCACCACCACUGGCCCUGCUAUCACUACCAACUCUAUCACUGGAACCACCUCUGGCCCCCCAAGCACCAUGCCCGCGACCAAUUCUGGAGCUCCCAGCACUACUCACUAUACCACUGGCAUCAACACUGGCCCUACCAGCACCAGGUCCUCCACCCCGUCUGGCCUUCCCAGCACCAUGCCCUCUACCACUUCUGGUGCACCUAGCGCUACUAACUCUACCACUGACACCCCCUCUGGCGCUCCCAGCACUACUCACUCAGCCACUGGCACCAUCUCUGGUUCUCACAGAACUACUCGCUCUACUACUCAAACCACUUCUGGGCCUCCCAGCACCGUGCUCUCCACCACUUCUGGUGCUCCCAGCACUACUCACCAUAACACUGGCACCACCUCUGGCCCACCGAGCACCACACAUUCCAACACUGGCACUACCUCAAAGGCUGCCAGCACCACAUCCUCCACCACCUCUGGCCCUCCCAGCACUACUACAUUACCUCUUACUACCACAUCUGGUCUCUUCACUGCCACAUCUCUUCCUCCUACAGCAACAUCUGGACCAACUUCUACCAUAUCUGGCCCUUUCACUACCACAUCAGACCCUUUCACAACUACAUCGCUUCCUCCUACUACAACAUCUGGAAGCUUCACUACCACAUCCCUUCCUCCCACUACAAGAUCUAGACCAACUUCUACCACAUCUGACUGCUUCACUACUACACCAGUCCCUAUCCCAACUACAUCGUGGCCUCUUAUUACCACAUCUGGUUUCUUCAAAACUACAUCAGUUCCUCUUACCACACAAUCUGACUCGCUAUCCACAUCUAGCUCCUUCACUACCACAUCAGACCCUGUCACUACCACAUCUUUUCCUCCUACUACAAGAUCUGGACCAACUUCUACCACAUCUGGCCACUUCACUUCCACAUCGGACCCUGUCAGAACUUCAUUGCUUCCUCUUACUACAACAUCUGGACCACCUAGCACAUCUGGCCGCUUCACUACCACAUUGGACCCUGUCAGAACUACGUCACUUCCUCUUACUACAACAUCUGGCCCCUUCACAACAACAUUUUUUCCUGUUACUGCAACAUCUUUCCCACCUACUACCACAUCUGCCACUUCCCCCUCUUUCACUGUCCACCCUAGUACCACAUCCAUACCUACAUCUGUAGACACACUAACUACUUUAAGACUAACAACCCCUUUCCUUACCAGCACUCUUCCUACUACCAAAGCCCAGACUUCAAGAGUUUCAACAAAACAUCCCAUUAGUGCUACAACAACAACUUCCACUACAACCACGGCUGCCACAACAAAAAAGAAGCAAGAUAAGGAUAAACACAAAAAGAAACGGACUAAUAAACAAAAUAAAGUCAGUCCAAAGGGAAAGUCAGUUAACCAUUUAAAAGACCUUUUAAAAGACAUACUGAAGGGAAGUCAAUUUGCAGUUCAUGGAGCUGGAAGUGUGCUGGUUCCAAUCAUAGCAGCAAGUGCAUUAGCAAUAGGGGGAGGUGCAAGUGCAUUACGAGUAGGAGGUUCUCUAAGUAUUUUGGGAGUAGGUGGUGCUGGAAGUACACUGGCAGUAGAUGGAGUAGUAGGCAGAAAUGAAAGUGGAUUACCAGUAGGAAUACCUGGAUAUCAGUUAGGUGUAAAUGUAGAUGUAAAUGCAUCUUAUCCACAUAAUGUUUCUUUCAGUGGGUCUGUUACUACUUACAAUGCAACAUUUCCUUUUAGCUCACCAUCCAAUGAUAGUAACACACCUGGUUUUCAAGCUAUAAAUGCUUCUCAUCCAACAACAAGCACUACUCACUAUCACACUGGCACCACCUCUGGCCCUCUCAGCACCACACAUUACAACACUGGUAUUACCUCAGAGGCUCCCAGCAACCGACACUCUACCACUUCUGGGCCUCCCAGCACCACACCUUCCAACAGUGGUACUACUUUAGAGGGUACCAGCACCAUGCCCUCCACCACCUCUGGCCCUCCCAUCCCUUCCAACUCUACUAUUGACAUCACGUCUGGCCCUCCCAGCACUACUCACCCUACAUCUAACACCUCUGGUCCUCCCAGCACCAUGCCUGCCACCAAUUCUGGUGCUCCCAGCACAACUCACUAUACUACUGGCACCAACACUGUCCCUGUCAGCACCACGCCAUCCACCACCUCUACCUCUCUCAGUACUACUAAUUUUACCAAUGACACACCGUCUAGCGAUCCCAGCACUACUCACUCAGCCACUGGAACCAUCUCUGGCCCUCCCAGCAACAUGCUCUCCACCAAUUCUGGUGCUCCUAGCACCACACCUUCCAACACUGACACUACCUCAGAGGCUGCCAGCACCACGCCUUCCACCACCUCUGGCCCUCCCAGCACUACUCACCCUACCAGUGGCACCACCUCUGGCUUUCCCAAAACUACUCACUCUACCACUAGAACCACUUCUGGCCGUCCUAGCACCAUUUUCUCCACCACUUCUGCCCAUCCCAGGAAUACGCACUAUAACGCUGGCACCACCUCUGGCCCUCUCAGCACCACACAUUCCAACACUGGCACUACCUCAGAGGCUCCCAGCAACAAACGCUCUACCACCUCUGGCCCUUCCAGCACCACACCUUCCAAAACUGGCAGGACUUUAGAGGCUAAGAGCACCAUGACCUCCACCACCACUGGCCCUGCUAUCACUACCAACUCUACCACUGGAACCACUUCUGCCCCCCCCAGCACCAUGCCCGCCACCAAUUCUGGUGCUCUCAGCACUACUCACUCCACCACUGGUACCAACACUGGCCCUACCAGCACAACAAGUGGUUCUAACUUGAACACCACUUCAGCUUCCAUCCUCAUUUGGAGUUUGGAUUCUCUUUCAAUUCCAUCUCCAACCUCAAACCCCCAACCAAAUUCUUUGUUUCCUGUUUCAAAUUCCUCAAGCCCAUGUCGUUCUCUUACACAGUUUAUUGACCAUUACCAGAAUACUCUUGCCUAUUAUCAAAUGUUCUACCAGUAUCAGAAUAGCAGCUAACUUUUUGCUGGAAUGUUUAUUAAACUGAAAUUAAAAAACUCUUACAAUUAAUCUUUUUAAAUCAAUUAAUAUGAAAGAAAUAUACAAUAGAAUCAAAUGCCAAAUGGACGUAAUUGUUAUUUUUAUAUUCAUUUACUUUGACAUUUAAUUGUAAUCUUCAAAAAUCCAAUAAAGGGAU